AUGGAUUCGUUUUCCGUGUCCUGGAUGUUGUUCCUAGCUGGUGUUCUUAUCGGAACUUGUCAAUCAUCUACCUGUCAUGCGCAGUGUGACUACGACCACGUGACAGCAAAGGCCGACUGCUCCUCCCGAAAUUUGAACUGUAUCCCGGUCAACUACCCAGACUCUCUCGUCAUGGAUCUCAGCCACAACGCCAUAUCGGUGCUGGAACCAGACGACUUCAACGGGACGUUCACGAAGUUGGUUGAGCUGUACCUUGACUACAACAACAUAUCUGAUGUGACGUCACUGCUGCAGUCAACCAGGUUGGGAAGCCUGGAGAAACUAUCGGUGGACCAUAACACCGUUUCGAACUUGCCUUCUUCUUGUUCGCUUACUUCUCUCGAAGAGAUGUCACUGGACUACAACUCACUCGAUUACUUAUACGGAAUUCCCCAUUGUAACAAUUUAAAGAGCUUUUCAGCUGAUUCAAAUGAAAUACAAAAUGUUGAUGUGUUUUCAUUUUCCUUCAAUCAAUUACCCACCUCCCUCUCAUUUAUCAGCCUGCGGUUCAACGGGAUAGGAGGUUUCUCUUGGUACGCACGUCUAAUGUCCAGCGCCAAUGUGACCUUUUUGCUCGAUCACAAUGAAAUCACACAAGUCUAUCUAAGAGUGCGUGGUUUUGGUUCCUAUUUAGGCCUACUCUCUCUUAGUAACAACAAACUUCAAGGCAUUGGAGUCCCACUUCCUGCUAAAUUCGUCAUAGCCAGCAAUGGAUUACGUGCAUUUAGUGGAUUCAAUUUCUUUGACAGUGGAGAAACCUUAAUGGAGGAGCUAGACAUAAGCAACAACUCGUUUGAUUCCUUGAUACAACCAGAAUGGGCAGAAGGUCUUCAGAUCCUAUACGCUGAUGACAACAUACUGGCCAACCUGUCCUCUACAACCCUACAAGGAUUCAUCAACCUGACGGAGCUCCAUCUAGCAAAUAAUCGACUCUUGUUCAUCUCAUCAACAGCUCUGAGUCAACUCACGAAACUACGGUCUCUGUAUAUUGAUGGCAACGCCCUGACAUCAUUGUUUGGUGGAAUAUUCCUCAACCAAGCUGACCUGGUGGAGCUUUCAAUCGCUAGCAACCAACUCUCCGUGCUACAUCAGGAUUACUUUUUCGGUCUGGGCUCGCUGGAACGUUUGUAUCUCGCUGGGAAUCGACUAGUUUACGUUCAAUCGGAGAUGUUCGGGCAGAUGCUUGGCCUCACCAUGGUGGACUUCUCUCAAAACAAACUUGAAGUCUUUGAAAUCAAAAAUUGUGGCAUCCUCAGCAACUUAAAGAGCAUCCUGUUAGCUCACAAUUCCAUUCAUGACAUCAGUUACAUACUUGGUCACUGCGAUAACUUUGAAGUCCUGGACUUGAGUUUCAAUCAAAUCAGAGUGGUUCCUGGUGACUCUCUUACUGUAGGGGGAAGAAGCAGAGCACUAUCCAGACUUGAGCUUGAAGGCAACCCGCUCCAGUGUGACUGCCGGUUGACGGGCCUACGUGACUGGCUUCUCAACAAUCCCCCGUCUGUUCUCCCUCGAUGUCAAGGUCCACCGCAGAACUCAGGAGCAGUGGUUACAGACUUAGACAUACCUGAUUUCAUCUGUGAUCCUCCAAAGGCCGUGAGUAAAGUGAACCAUCUUAACGUGAUAGUCGGUCAGGCAGCGACUCUCUCAUGCACAGCGACUGGUAUACCCAUUCCCAACAUAACAUGGCUGAACCCCAACGGUACGGUGAUACCAGACAAAUGGCAGGACAGAUUUUUCAUAUUAAGAGACGUGACUUUACACAUCAUUUCAGUUGAGCUAUCUGAUCGAGGAAUGUACACGUGUUUGGUCCAAAACAUCCUGGGUGAAUUUGACAGAGCUGUGGUCAAUCUGACUGUUUCCGCAGAACUGAAAUCAACACACGCUGGCGUCUCUUUGGCUGCGGCUGUUCUCCCCACCAUGUUUAUCACCCUUAUUGUCACACUCGCUGUCGUUGCCUUGGUGAUUUGUCUUCGUCGUCGUUAUAGGAAGAAAGAUCUUUCUACCUCGGCAGUGGAAGGGGUCAGGGGUGGUUCAAGGCUUUCGGUUGGUUUCCGUAAAACUGUAUCUACCAGAUCAGACGGAGGCUACGUCAACGAACCCAUCGAGGGUGAGUACAUGACACCAACCUGUAAGGAGGACACAGGGGAGGAAUACGAGGUACCAUCUACGAGAUACCAGAGGCACCUCAACGUCAUCCCAUCAGCAGAGAUGGACGAUGCCGACGUCUACGAACCAUUGAAAAUGGCUAUGUUUGCCAUGGCCUGGGUUCUGUUCCUCGCUGGUGAUCUUAUCGGAACUUGUCAAUCGUCUACCUGUCAUGUGCAGUGUGAUUACGACCACGUGACAGCGAGGGCUGACUGCUCCUCCCGUAAUCUGAACUGUAUCCCCGCCAACUACCCAGACUCCCUCGUCAUGGAUCUCAGUCACAACGCCAUAUCGGUGCUGGAACCAGACGAAUUCAACGGGACGUUCACGAGGUUGGUUGAGCUGUACUUUGACUACAACGACAUAUCUGAUGUGACGUCCCUGCUGCAGUCAACCGGGAUGGGGAGCCUGAAGAAACUAUCGCUGGACCAUAACAUCGUUUCGAACUUGCCUUCUUCUUGUUCGCUUACUUCUCUCGAAGAGAUGUCACUGGACUACAACUCACUCCAUCACUUAAGCGUGAUCCCAUCUUGUAACAAUUUAAGAAGAUUUGAUGCUAAUUCAAAUCAAAUACAAAGUGUUGAGGUGUCGUCAUCAUCUUCAUGGUUCUGGUUCGAUUCAAUUCGCACUUCCCUCUCAUUUAUCAGCCUGCGGUUCAACAGAAUAAAGGGUUUCCGUUGGUCCCUACGUCAUCCAGGUAGGUCCAGCACCAACGUGACCUUUUUACUAGAUCACAAUGAAAUCACACAUGUCGAACUCACGGUGCGUGGUUCGGGUUCCCAUCAUGGCCUACUCUCUCUUAGUAACAACAUACUUCAAGACAUUGAAGCCACACUUCCUACUAAGCUCAUGGUAGACAGCAAUGGAUUACGUGAAUUUAGUGGAUUCGAUUUCUUUGACCGUGGAGAAACCUUACUGGAGGAGCUAGACAUUAGGAACAACUCGUUUAAUUCCUUGAUACAACCAGAUUGGGCUCAAGGUCUUCAGAUCUUAUACGCUGAUGACAACAUACUGGCCAACCUGUCCUCUACAACCCUACACGGAUUCAUUGACCUGACGGAGUUCCAUCUCGCAAAUAAUCGACUCGUGUUCAUCUCAUCAACAGCUCUGAGUCAACUCACUAAGCUACGGUCUAUGUAUCUCGAUGGCAACGCCCUGACGUCAUUGUUUGGUGGCAUAUUUCUCAACCAAGCUGAACUAGUGCAGCUUUCCAUUACAAACAACAAAUUCUCCGAGUUAUAUCCGGAUUACUUUCUCGGUCUGGACUCGCUGGAACGGCUGUAUCUCGCCGGGAAUCGACUGGUUUACGUCCAGCCAGAGAUGUUCCGGCAGAUGCCUGGCCUUAUUACGAUGGACUUCUCUAAAAACAAACUUAAAGUCUUUGAUAUCACAAAUUGUAGCCUCCUCAGCAACUUACAGAACAUCCUGCUAGCUCACAAUUCCAUUCAUGACAUCAGUUACAUAAUUGGUCAUUGCCAUGACUUGGUAGUCCUGGACUUGAGUUUCAAUCAGAUCCAAGUAGUCCCUGGUGACUCUCUUACUGGGGGUCACAGAGCGCCAUCCAGACUUGAGCUUGAAGGCAACCCGCUCCAGUGUGACUGCCGGUUGACGGGUCUACGUGACUGGCUUCGCAACAACCCCCCGUCUGUUCUCCCUCGAUGUCAAGGUCCACCGCAGAACUCAGGAGCAGAGGUUUCAGACUUAGACAUACCUGAUUUUAUCUGUGAUCCUCCAAAGGCCGUGACUAACGCGAACCAUCUUAACGUGAUAGUCGGUCAGACAGCGACUCUCUUAUGCACAGCGACCGGCAUACCCAUCCCCGACAUUACAUGGUUGAACCCCAACGGUACGGUGAUACCAGACAAAUGGCAGGACAGAUAUUUCUUUUCAAGAGGCAUGAAUUUACACAUCAUUUCGGUUGAUCUAUAUGAUCAAGGAAUGUACACGUGUUUGGUCCAAAAUAUCCUGGGUGAAAGUGACAUAGCUGUGGUCAAUCUGACUGUGACCGAAGAACUGAGAGCAACACCCACUGUGACCGAAGAACUGACAGCAACACCCACUGGCGUCUCUUUCGCUGCGACUGUUCUCCCCACGAUGUUUAUCACCCUAAUUGUCACACUCUCUGUAGACGCCUUGGUGAUUUGUCUCCGUCGUCGUUAUAAGAAGAAAGAUCUUUCUACCUCGGCAGCGAAAGGGGUUAGUGCUGGUUCAGGGCUUACGGUUGGUUUCCGUAAAUCUCGUGUACCUAUCAGAUCACACGAAGGAUACCUCGACAAAACCGUCGAUGGAGACUAUAUGACACCAACCCCCAAGGAGGACACGGGGGAGGAAUACGAGGUACCAACUGUAAAAACAGCUAAAUAUCCUUCUGGGAGACACCAGAGGCACCUCAAGGUCAUCCCAUCAGUAGAGAUAGACGAUGCUCACUUGUACGAACCAGUAGAUCGCGAUGAAGAAAUAAGAUGUUGA